AUGACGGCCUUGACAGCAGCACUUGUAAUAGUUCUAGCAGCCUCAGUCUCAGCUCACCAAGUACCACUGGCAGACCAUGACGCGGACAAGACCUUAUCUUGGAUGGAGAAAUACGGGAAGCCCAUUGAUCAACCAUUUUCGGGUCCUCUUUCGUUCUCGCGCUUGCCCUACACGCUUUGUCUAGAAGAUGAGGACGCGACCUUUGAUAUCGCAAUUCUUGGGAUGCCUUUUGAUACUGGAGUAUCCUACAGACCAGGGGCGCGAUUUGGACCUUAUGCUAUCAGAUCUGGGAGUCGACGCCAGCGAGAAGCUCGUGGAUAUACCAUGUCUUGGGGAAACAACCCUUACAAUCACGGUGCGAAGAUUGUGGAUUGCGGGGACGUUCCUGUUAGUCCAUUCGACAAUGCCUUGGCUGUCGACCAAAUGGAGGUCGCAUACUCAACCCUCUUGAAACGACCGGCGCCCAGCUCGACUGAACUGAACCCUCUUCCGCCUCGCAUUGUCAGUUUGGGAGGAGAUCACACCAUUGUCCUCCCUAUUCUUCGGGCUCUACACAAAGUUCACGGACCAGUAUCUGUAAUCCAUUUCGAUGCUCACUUGGACACCUGGCCGAGCUACGCCGGACAGACGUCUGAACAAUCGCGCGUAACUCAUGGGACAUUCUUCUAUCUUGCACAAGAGGAGGGGUUGAUGGGAAAUAAUAGUAUCCAUGCGGGUAUUCGCUGCAAGUUGGGGGGUGCGGAAGAUCUAGAGAAUGACGAGGAAGACGAAAUCGGUGUUUCUGAAAUCAUCAAGCGCAUUCGAACUCGGAUCGGAGACAGCCCAGUAUAUCUAAGCUUGGAUAUCGAUGUGAUAGACCCUGGUCUCGCACCCGCAACUGGAACACCUGAAGCGGGAGGAUGGACGACGCGUGAAGUAAAGCGCAUUCUUCGAGGAUUAGCUGGCUUAAAUUUUGUCGGUGCUGACAUUGUCGAGGUUGCUCCUUCAUAUGACCACGCCGAAAUUACUGGCAUUGCUGCUGCGGAUCUCGUCCACGACUUCUUAUCGAUGUUAAUAUCCACCGAACCUCCCAAAUCUUCCCGCAGCAAACGCCAGAGAGACGAGCUGUGA